CUGCGCCAUUCCCAAAGUGGUUAGCUCGAUCACGCCCCACCGACCAGUCGCCGUCGAGAUUUUCUGCCGACGAAAGAAAGAUGGACGGCUUUUUUCUUUUCGUCUUUCCUUCCUUCUUUCAACCUUCAAGCAUCCAAUUCUGAUCUGCACCACGGCAGUGAUCCUUUGCGUGAGCCAGAUUAUUUAUUUUUUGAUCUCGCCUUCUCAAACCACCCACCGGAAUUAUGUCUGGAGAACCCAACGCUGCUUGGCCUCUGGCUGAUGAGAGCCUCACCCAGAACAUCCUGGACCUCGUGCAGCAAGCCAAUCAUUUCAAACAAAUAAAGAAGGGAGCCAACGAAGCCACAAAGACGCUUAACCGCGGUACUGCCGAAAUUGUGAUUCUCGCCGCCGACUGCAACCCCUUGGCCAUCCUUCUUCACCUGCCCCUGCUCGCCGAGGACAAGAACACCCCCUACGUCUUCGUCCCCAGCAAGCUUGCUCUGGGUCGCGCCACCGGUGUCUCUCGCCCCGUGAUCGCUGCCAGCAUCACCACCAACGAGGCUAGUGAUCUUAUGCCACAGAUCAGAUCCAUCAAGGACAAGGUUGAGAGACUUAUGAUCUAAGAUGGACCGGAAUGAAUACACAGGCCGGGGGGGGGGUUGUCCGGUGACCUCUCAUAGUCUCAGGAAGGGCUUUGGAAUUUGGGGGCGAGGAUAGAACCUAUGGGCUUGAACUAUCUCCGGAUUGGUCAGCAAUCAAAUCAAUUCUCUGGAAUAUCUUAUUAUCAACCCGAUGAUCUGUAUGGUUUGUGGGGUUUUGUAGCAACUGGGUAGCAAGUUUGUAGCGCGCAGCAUGGAAGGACACCGCAGUGGCCAGGUAUCCUUACCAUACCCACCAGAUGAGAAUCUAUGAUCAUGAUCAUCUUACGUC